AUGGCCAGGCCGGUGCAGCUGGCGCCGGGCUCGCUGGCGCUAGUUCUGUGCAGGCUUGAGGCGCAGGAGGAAGCCGGGACUGCGGAGGAGCCGGGUGGGCGCGCGGUGUUCCGUGCCUUCCGCCGAGCCAACACGCGCUGCUUCUGGAACGCGAGGCUGGCGCGCGCCGCCUCGCGGCUGGCCUUCCUGGGCUGGCUACGGCGCGGAGUGUUGCUGGUGCAUGCACCCCCCUCCAGCCUGCAGGUGCUGCGCGAUGCCUGGCGUCGCCGAGCGCUGCGCCCACCUCGCGGCUUCCACAUCAGGGCGGUGGGUGAUGUCUUUCCAGUGCAAAUGAAUCCAAUAGUUCAGUCUCAGUUUGUACCAUUGGCUGAAGUUCUUUGCUGUGCUAUAUCUGAUAUGAAUGCAGUGCAGAUCUUAGUAACACAGGAAUCACUUUUGGAGCAUUUGAUGAAACAUCAUCCAGGUAUUGCAAUUCCAUCUCAAGAUGUUCUCUAUACCACUCUGGGAACUCUGAUUAAAGAAAGGAAGAUUUAUCACACUGGAGAAGGAUAUUUCAUAGUUACUCCUGAGACUUACUUCAUCACAAAUGCAACAGCUCAGGAAAAUAAGAGAGUCCUCCUAUCAGAUGAAAGUCAACUAGUGCCCACUUCUGUGACCUAUCUGGUGAGCAUGGAGAACGGUGCAGAGUCCACCAAAGAGAAUGCUGUCCCUGUUUCCCAUUGUCGGUCUUGCCAGUGUUUCCCUGACACAUGCAGUCAGGGUGUUGAGGAACCACCAACUGCUGCAGAUAUGAUUAGAAAAGACCAGAAAGGUCUUGGGGAAUCCACGCCUUUCGUUCAGAAUCAGACAAUUUCAGCACCUGAAGAGAAUCAUAUCCGUGAGAGCCCUAAACUUUUACCAUACAAAGACAAAGAAAAAGGCAAGAAAUUUGGUUUUAGUCUUUUGUGGCGCAGCAUAUCUAGAAAGGAAAAGCCCAAAAUAGAGCAUAGCAGUUUCUCUGCCCAGUUCCCACCUGAAGAAUGGCCUGUCCGAGAUGAGGAUAACUUGGACAAUAUCCCCCGAGACAUAGAACAUGAAAUAAUCAAGAGAAUUAAUCCCAUUCUGACUGUUGACAACUUAAUCAAACAUACAGUCCUAAUGCAAAAAUGCGAAGAACAGAAAAAAUAUAAUAGCCAAGGCACUUCCACUGACAUGCUGACAGCCAGGCUUAAGUAUCCUUCCAAAGAGGGAGUUAAGAAAAGGCCCAGUCGGUCUGUCAAGAAGACUCGAAGGCGAGGCCAUUCUCAUAGGAAGAGACACAAAGUCCGGAGUUGGGGGAGUGAUCUUCAGCCAGGAAGUGUUAGACUGGAGAGGUACCCCAAGCUUCCUGCCACCCAGCCUGGCCCCAGAAUUAAAAGUCCCAAUGAAGUGGAAGUUCAGAAAUCACUUGGUGAAAAUCCAACAGUGCUAGAUUCCCACGUGAUUUACAAGAAGCGAAUCAGUAAUCCUUUCCAGGGCUUGUCUCUCCGAAGAAGCCCAAUGACCAAAGGGUACAACACUCAAAAGGGCAAUGGUCUGAAACCCAAUCAGAUUGGACCAAAGGAAAAGCCUUUCCAAAAGUCAAGGCUUUCAGAUUCCUCAAGAUUCUUUGAUGGUGAAGCCCAACAACCAUAUCCUGAACAAUGUCAUGAUAAAUUGAAAGUAGAAUCCAUUCAUGUGACAAAUUCUACUGUCCAAUCUGUCAGUGAUGACUUCAGAGCUGACCUCUUAAAUUCCCCUCAAUGUAGUGUUUUGCAAAAUGACAGUCAAUGCUACUCCUUUAGGGAAAGCAUGUUGAGAUAUGAUGCGCAUGGUGGUGAAAAUAAAGUAAUCUCUGAAGUCUUGGGAAAAAGUCAUUCACACUUUGACAAGUUAGGGGAGACCAAAGAAACAUGGCAUAUCCUGCCAUCACGAGGUUCCUCCUCAGCAGGACCAACAUCCUCUGCUAGUAGAUUAGUUGAUAAAACAAUACACCAGUUUCAAAACCUUGACCUCUUGGAUUAUCCAUUUGGUCCAAACUAUUUGAGACAAUCUGAGACACAAGAUAGAAAUUCAGAAUAUCUAAUGAGAAAGGCAUUUGUCCAGGAGGCAAAGACUGCAAAUCUAGAAAAUGAAGGGCUUUUUGAUGAUGACCAGGCCUUGAAUCGGGACGAAGUGGAGGAUCACGAUGGGGCUUGCAGUUCAUUAUAUCUAGAGGAGGAUGACUUUCCUGAGAAUGAUGGCUUGUGUCAAAUGCUACCUGGCCGCACUCAAUAUUCCUUUUUAGAUAGAAGCAAGUGGAAUCAGUUGGAAAGACAACAAGUGACUGAGAGAUCGCUGACUGAGCGUAACAGCAAAAUGGAUAGGUUUGAGGUUCAGGCACAUAGAAGAAAUGAAUGGUAUAAGCCUACUGGGUUGCUUUUAAACCCAGAUGAAAGACAAAACCAGAAUCUCUCUGCUGAAAUCCAUACCCAGUUUGAUUUCAACAAUGAAGAAGAACCCAGUGUUACUAAAUAUGAACAGGCCUCACCACCACCUGCAGCUGGAAGUUUAUUUGAUUACUAUAGUACAAGGAAACCCAAUAUUGAGGCUGAAAUCCUACAAGACUCUGUUGUUGACACAGUAAAGAAAUCAGUGAGUCAGAGUCCUCAGAAUCAGGAAAUGGGAAAACAUUUCACACAAAAGUUAGAACUUUUCAAUGCUUCACAUAUACCAGUAUUGGCUCAGGAUAUCCAGCAUGAACACCGUCUCUUGGAAGGAACAGAAAACCAUAGCAUGGCCGGAGAUAGUGGAAUAGAUUCUCCACGGACACAGAGCCUGGCAUCUAAUAAUUCAGUCAUUUUGGAUGGACUUAAGAGAAGACAGAAUUAUCUGCAGAACGUUGAAGGCACAAAGAGAAGUCAAGCACUCACAUCCAGUUCCUUACUACAACUAACUCCAGUCAUAAAUGUUUAA